UUGUUAUUUUUCCCGAGCAGGAGGGCACUGCAGGCACUCUCUGCUGUCUGCUAACUGUAUGUUAAUUAGCACGCCGGGCCUGAUUAACUACAAGAUGCAAGGAGCCGAAAUGGAGUCGCUACAGCUAACAUUACACACAUCUUAUUUGUAUAAUUUCAUCGAAAGUUAGCGAUAUGUGGUCUCUUGUAGUUCAACCAGCAAAAACGUGGCUGUUCAAAAACUUCUAGCUAAAUGACUGGAUCUGCUGUAAAUGCCAUAAAACUGGGCUCACCUACUGUGUGUUUUGUGGUCAAUAGCCUCAAAUCCAUAGCUCACAUUUGAAGUCAAGUAUAAAAAGUUGAAGAAAUGAUGGAAGAUUCUCAUUUUAAUUCAUCGUAUUUCUGGUCUCCCGUCCCCACUGUUCCAGGGCAGAUUGAAAAUGCUAUGUUCCUGAACAAAGUGAAAGAGCAACAAGAAAAGAGUGUUUCCUUCUCUGCUUCCUCGGCAUCCCACUACCAAACAGCUCUGCUCACCAUCCCGACUCCUGGGGCCAAGACAGAUGGAGGAGGGCAGGGUGCUAGUGCGGCUCACCUCCACCCUCCGCACAGCACCCAGAACAUUACGGUGCUGCCUGUCCCCUCCACAGGCAUCAUGACAGCAGCUGGUCUGGUCAUCACAACUCCGGGAACACUAGUCUCUCCCACUUCCUCUCAGUCUUUUGUCUCUGGUCAUCCAGCAACAACCAUGAUUGUUUCAGCUCUCCAUUCUCAAGACAAAAAAGACGGUGAUGGGACGUCCCAUGUGGUGGUCAUGCCAGCCCCCUCCAAACGAGGCAGAAAGAAGAAGACAACACUGUCCAGGGUUGGUCCUUUGGGUGGACCAGGAAAUGAAACACUAAUACUGGCUCACCUGACAGCUGGUGGCCAGGUGGCAUCUUUGCAGCAUCAUCCAGGAGACCCAUAUGACUUGUCAAAUGAAGACGAAGAACAUGGACCGAAAGAUAGCACUAAGACAUACAGGUGCCGGAUGUGUGCGGCGACCUUCUUCAGUAAGUCUGACAUGCAGAUCCACUCCAAGUCGCACACAGAGGCCAAACCUCACAAGUGUCCUCACUGCGCCAAGUCAUUCGCCAACUCCAGCUACCUGGCCCAGCACAUCCGCAUCCACAGCGGGGCCAAGCCUUACACCUGCUCCUACUGCCAGAAAUCUUUCAGGCAGCUCAGUCAUUUACAGCAGCACACACGGAACCACACAGAGUCAAAGCCUCACAAGUGUCCCCAUUGUACCAAGUCAUUUGCCAACUCUAGCUACCUGGCCCAACAUGUCCGCAUCCACACAGGAGUGAAACCUUACGCCUGCGCCUACUGCCAAAAGUGCUUCAGACAGCUCAGUCACCUUCAGCAGCACAACAGGAUUCAUACUGGAGAUCGGCCAUACAAGUGCACCCAUCCAGGCUGUGAGAAAUCCUUUACGCAACUGUCAAAUUUGCAGUCCCACCGACGUCAACACAACAAAGACAAGCCCUACAAAUGCACCAACUGCAAUAAAGGAUAUAUAGAUGCAGCGAGCCUCGAGGUGCACAUGUCCACACACACAGUCAAACAUGCCAGGAUCUACUCGUGUGGUCUCUGCAACCGCACUUAUACCUCAGUAAGACAAAUGUCCAUUUCUGAAGAGCAUUUCUACAUGAAACACUAUGAAUCGCCUCACUGGCAUCAGACAUCUGGCAGCUACUUUACACCGUGUAGUCAUGUGUCCACUGUUUCCCCUCUACCUAUCCUCCCCUCAUCGCAGGAGACGUAUCUGGUGAAACACAUGGAGAAACACAACCCAGAUCAGUUGACUGCACCAGCAGUCGUGGCAGCACAGGCGGGACAACAGAACCAGAACCAAAGCCAUUCCCAGGGCCAGGCUGGAGCUCAGAGUCGGGUGGAGAGCGCAGGUGGUGGAUCGAGCCGAGCUGGGAGCGGAGAAGCAGGCGGAGGCCAGCAGGGACAGAGCCAGGGCAACUACCCGCAGACAGAAAACAUCCCGUGUCCAUUUGAUCUGCACCAGUAUAAAACAGUGUCUGCCAGUGACAUCCAGUACAAACCAGUCACUGUGUCUGACAUUACUUCCCACAAGGACCUCUGUCUCACUGUGUCAGCAUCCACCAUUCAAGUGGAGCACCUCAACUCCUAGAGGUGUUGGAAGGAGGUACUGUGGGGGGAAGGGAAGAUAGAAUUAUUCAAGGAAACAUAAAAUGGAGGAUGGAGAGUCGAAGGAUAAAAGCAAUAUUAGGAUGAUACAAGAACUUUGGAACUUAUGAUUGUGCCUGUGCCUGAACAAUGUUUUGAGGCAGACAGGACAAACAAUGUGGUGACACAAUGUACUGAAGACUGAUUUUGUUUUUUGUUGGGUUUUUUUUAGUCUGUCACUUUUUUUUUUCUUUCUGCCUUGUGUGAUAAGUUUUGCUUAGCUGUCCUGUCUGGGAAGAAAGUGCAUGUAAAGGCUGCAAUAAAAUAUGUUCCAGUCCAUCACACUGAUGGUUUUAUGGAAGAGAGUAAAAGAGACAGUUUGUCUCUUAAUUGUUGUUUUAUCACCUUCUGCUCUUCCCUACAAAUACAGCUUUGGUCAUAGCAAUUUAUGGUCUCUCUGUUGAUGAAACUGGUAGUUAACAUGAAGGUAAAUUUUUAUACUUUCUUACAGAGACUUUCAGUUUUUACAUCAGUGUUAUUACAGCUACUAUGUUGUAAAAUACAUACCUGCAAUUAUUUUUUUUAAUAUAUGUUAAAAGGGAUGUAGAGGUUAUUUGCUUUUUCAGGAAGGUAAAAAUAACAAUCUAGUAUAUAUAGAUAUAUACUACCAGUUUAUAAAGUAUGAUUGUGUGUUAAAAGGAUGUGGUAAUCCAUAUUACAACAUAUUUAGAUCCAAUUGAAGGCCUUCAUGUGACCUUGAGGAAAGUGAUCAGCAGGUUCAUGUUUCAUGUAAUCUUAUUGUACUGCUUUGUGUGUAUGUCCUAAAAGUAAUGUUAUCCAAAUGUGUUGUUGCUAUUAUACUUCCACGAUAAAAAUGUUGAUAAUACCUCUUUAUAGACAUACUUACACAUCUGAAAUUUGUGUUUUUUUCUGCUUAUGAUACAAUAAACCCUCUG